ACCACUUCCGCUGUCGCCGCGGCUGGCGUCGCUAAAUGAUGUUACCAUUUCCGGGUCGCCAAGGCCGCCUCUGGCGGCGCCGGCCUAGGUUUUAGCAGGUGUUCUGUCUAUGGAGUCAGUUGGUGCUGGCGACGGCGUGGAGGCAGGAGGCGGUGUCCGAUUGGGGGCCGUUUCCCCGCCAGGAUGUUACCGGGCUUGGCCGCCGCCGCUGCGGCCCACAGAUGUAGCUGGUCCUUCCUGUGCCGGCUGCGUCUGCAUUACAGGGCGGCGGUCCUCGGCUCCAGCGACCGCCAGGAAUGGCAGAAUUCAGUGACAUUUGGAAGCUUUUCAAACAUGGUUCCCUGUAGUCACUCAUAUACUUUUACACUGAGUCAAGUAAAGUUGUACUCCACAAAUGUUCAGAAAGAAGGACAGGGUUCACAAACUCAUCAAAUGCCAUCAUUUGAUGAAACAGCAGAAAAUAUAGGUGCAAAACUCAAAGCUCCACUUAUUAAGCAAGAACCUCUCCAAGUAAGAGUUAAAGCAAUCCUUAAGAAGAGGGAAUAUGGACCAAAGUACACUCAGAAUAAUUUCAUCACUGGAGUCAGAGCCAUAAAUGAGUUCUGCCUUAAGUCCAGCGAUCUAGAACAACUUCGAAAAAUCAGACGACGAAGUCCUCAUGAAGAUACUGAGUCCUUUACUGUAUACUUGAGAUCAGAUGUGGAGGCAAAAUCUUUGGAAGUUUGGGGAAGUCCUGAAGCUCUUGCCAGAGAGAAAAAACUACGUAAAGAAGCAGAAAUAGAAUAUAGAGAAAGGCUAUUUAGAAACCAAAACAUACUAAGAGAAUAUGGAGACUUCCUGGGAAAUACUAAGCCACGCUCCAGAACAUCAGUUUUUUUUAAGGGGCCAGGAAAAGUGGUGAUGGUUGCCAUUUGUAUUAAUGGAUUAAACUGCUUCUUUAAAUUUCUUGCCUGGAUUUAUACUGGUUCAGCAAGUAUGUUCUCUGAAGCUAUACAUUCUUUAUCUGAUACUUGUAAUCAGGCUUUGCUAGCAUUGGGUAUCAGUAAGUCUGUUCAGACACCAGAUCCUACUCAUCCGUAUGGAUUUUCAAAUAUGCGCUAUAUUGCUUCACUAAUUAGUGGUGUUGGUAUCUUCAUGAUGGGUGCAGGAUUAUCUUGGUACCACGGAAUCAUGGGAUUACUUAAUCCUCAACCAAUGGAAUCUCUUCUCUGGGCAUAUUGUAUUUUAGCAGGAUCAUUGGUAUCUGAAGGAGCAACACUUCUUGUUGCUGUAAAUGAACUUCGUAGGAGUGCUCGGGCGAAGGGAAUGUCAUUUUACAAGUAUGUAAUGGAAAGUCGUGAUCCUAGUACAAAUGUCAUAUUAUUGGAGGAUACUGCAGCAGUCCUGGGAGUGAUAAUAGCAGCCACUUGUAUGGGCCUUACGUCUAUAACAGGUAAUCCACUGUAUGACAGCCUCGGUUCGUUGGGUGUGGGCACCUUAUUAGGCGUGGUCUCAGCAUUCCUCAUCCACACUAACACUGAAGCACUUUUAGGGCGAUCCAUCCAGCCAGAGCAAGUACAGCGGCUUACCGAACUCCUGGAGAGUGACCCAUCAGUAAGGGCAAUUCAUGAUGUUAAAGCCACAGACCUUGGAUUAGGGAAAGUAAGAUUUAAGGCAGAAGUAGAUUUUGAUGGAAGAGUUGUUACAAGAUCAUAUUUGGAAAAACAAGAUUUUGACCAAAUGCUACAAGAAAUUCAAGAAGUGAAAACUCCUGAAGAACUAGAGACCUUUAUGCUUAAACAUGGAGAAAAUAUUAUUGAUACUUUAGGGGCCGAAGUAGAUAGACUUGAGAGAGAACUGAAAAAACGAAAUCCUGAAGUUCGACAUGUAGAUUUGGAGAUAUUAUAGAUUUGAUGGAAUGAAUCACCUUGGAGGGAGCCUUGGAAAUAAACUCUCCAUUCUGCUCUCCCAUACUGAAGAGAAGUCAACACCAUUAGAAGCCAUUUUUUUUUAGAUGGAGGAUAUACUUUAUGUAAAGGCAAUUCAGCAGUUCACAGAAUUAAACUACUACUUACUUCCAAGAGACAUAAGUUAAAUCAAUUUGGGAAUCAUGUUUUUUUUGUUUCAACAGGAAGUACUUUAGUUAAUUUAAAUUGUUUGUAAUUUCUCAUUUUAGGCUGUCAGGGUGAAUUGUACCUUGCAGUCAUGUUUCCUUUCUCAACAUUGGUAAAAAUGAGCAGCAUCUAUAGGAUUGUAAUUUUUAAUUUUGUUGCCACUGGAGAUUUCACUCCAUCAAACCCUGCCAUUCUUGAACAUUAUGGCUAAUUCUUGGUGUGUGGCUUUUACAGUCACUCCAUUUCAAAGUCUGUCUUUCCUUAUAGAAUGUGGAAACUAUUUCUACAUACUUUGUAAUUUUGCUCUGAGCACUAAGAGGAAUGUUUGUUAUCUAUAAAUGUUCAUUCCAGAAAUGGCUUAGUUACUGAAUUGAAGGAAGAUGUAUCAGUAUGCUCUUUUAGGUCAUAGGAGUUGCCAUGUUGUAAAAUUUCUUACCUCUCUUUUGCAAUUUUUUUCCUUAUUUUAAGUUUUCUGAUGGUAGAUCUAAAAUAGCCCUAGGUGUUUCCACAGGACAAUGGGAUGACUGUUUCUUGUUUUUGUUUUUUAACUGGCUUCAGUACCUUAAUAUGUAUUUAUUAGGAGAUAAUGCAUUCAUAAGCAUUUUAUCAUUCUGUAAAAUUGACUAGGAAUAUAACUUUACAAAGAGAACAGCAUUUUAAUUUAUUUUUUAAAAGGCACUACUUAUGUAAACCUGAACUGUAGGAAAUGUUUGCUUUAAAGAGAAGUAAAUACCUUAUGUAGAAACUUGUUGCCGUGAUUUUGUAUAAUAUAGUCAAUAGUGUUUGUAA